AUGCAGUACAACGUGGACAAUCGUAUGUUCUAUUCCGAAAAUGAUGUUGCUCAAUAUGAACAACAACAAUAUCAAUGGGAAAUGGUGAAACCAUCAAUAUCAUCGCAAUUAGACGGAGAAGAACAACCAAAAAAACAACGGAAACGAACGAGGACCGCUUAUACUAGUUUUCAAUUAGUUGAACUUGAAAAAGAAUUUCAGAAAGGUCGUUACCUUUGCAGACCGCGAAGAAUUGAAAUGGCCGAAAGUUUAUUUUUAACAGAGAGACAAAUAAAGAUAUGGUUCCAAAAUCGUCGUAUGAAGUACAAAAAAGAAGAGAUACUGAAAAAUCCAUGUAAUACAAUGCAAUACAAUGAAGUAAGUGGAAGUUACAAGUUGAAGAAAAGCAGAAAAACACGGACUGAAGAAACAAUAUCUAAUCAUCAAUACAUUUUUCCGUCUAUCCCCACAACAACAAUUGGUUAUCAGCAAUCAUAUCCACCAGCAUGCAUUGAAAAUGGAUAUAUGGAAAAUGGAUAUAUCGAAAAUGGAUAUGUGGAAAAUGGAAAUAUUAAUUACAUUCAAAAAUCUUCAUAUUUCUAUGAAUCCAUGUAUCCUCAGGAAAAUUACAUGUCUCAAAUGCCAAUGGAAAAUUAUUAUUUAAACGGCAACAAAUGGCUAAAUAGUUCUGACAACGCAACUUUACCAACGAUAGAGACGACGUCGAAGGGAGAGGUGAUACGAGAGAACGAAGUACGGAAUAACGGGGGUGGUAGUAGUGGUGGUAGUAGCAGUGAUGGUAAUGGUAGUAGUGAUGGUAGUGGUGGUGGUGGCGGUCCUCUAGACCUAUAUUACGAAUUAACAAUUCGAUGCAUUCAUUUUUAA